AUGGCUGGGCUUGUAAAAAAAGAGUUGAAUUUAAGUAUAGUAUCUGGAUAAAAAGAUUCUAGGCAAACAAGUUACACCACUACUUGCAUAUUCACAGAAUUAGAUAUUCCUCCAUUAAAAAUUAUAUUAACAGCAAUAAGCAGAAACAGAAAAAUUAAUUUGAAUGAUGACCUUAAUUUUUAAAUAAUUUAUGGUGAGAAUAUUGCUUAAGAUUACUUCUCUUAUGCAGGAGCUAUAAUAUAUGAUGGUAAUGCAGUUUCAGCCCUCAAAUUCGAUUAUUUCCAAAUUAGAUUCAGAAUUUGGAACUAUUUUUAAAAAAUAAAUCCCUUAAAGCCAACACUUUAAAUAAGAUUUUCAGUUUAUAAUCCUUUAUUUUUUAUGCCGAGCUCAUCUAUAAUUACCAUUUAAAUAAAUAUUCCUCCUUAGAAUUGCAUUUUAAAUAUUAAUCCUUUGUAGGGCAUAGCGCUUGAGACCAUCUUUUAAAUUUAGUUUUUGAAUUGUACAGAUGAAGAUCUUCCUCUAACUUACUAGUUCUUCUAUUACAAUAGUGUAGAUGAUUCCCAGCAAGAAUUGGUUACUCCUUUGAACAUAUUGAGAAGAUAAAUAUAAGAUUAGACUUUAAACAACUCGAUAUAAACAGUACUACCUAAUGGGAAUCUAAUUGUUAUGGCAUAAGUUAUGGAUUCUUACCUAGGAGUUUAUAAUACCUCUUCUAUAAUAUAGGUUCAAGCUUAGAAUAAAUCAGCUGACGAAUAUUAUAAACUGGUCAAUUAACUCACUUCAUAAACUUUAAAGAGCUCAAAUAUUUAAGUCACUAGCUAACUAGUGACUUUAAGCAUCAUAGCAGAAGAUAUUAGUAAAAGCAAUUAACAUACAUAAUAAUUGAGUGUUUUAGUUAGUCUACUGACUUAAAAUAUAUAGUAAUUGUCUUUCUAAAUACCUAAAUUCUCACUUUUAUCUACAUUUGCGAACAAAGUAACUGCUUAGUUAUCAUAACUAAUAUUUAAUUCAUCAUUCUAAAGCGAUAUUACAUCAUAAAAAAAUAAAAUAUUUGAUUAACUGUAAAAAAUACUUCAAAAUACUAAUUCAAGUAUAUAAAGUAGUAAUCUUAGCCAUUUGCAACAAAAUAAUGAUAAUCCAAUUUAAAAUAUGGUAGACUCUUUUAAAAUUCUAAACUCAAGUGUUAGUUUGUGGAGUAAUAACUCAUAGGAAGAUUAUUAAUCCUACGAUAAAAUAUCAAAUUAGAUAGGAAAUCUGCUUAAUAAUAUUAGUUUACCAAACUAAGGGCAAAUUAUUCUAAAUGGCAGCUUGUCCACACUUUUAUCAGAUAUAGUAAAAUACAAGAAUCUAUUCAAAUAUAUUAAUACUGCAGAUGAAAACAAUUCAGUAAAUUAAACUAGCAUAUUUAGCAUCACAAGAAACAAUUAUAAGCAAAAUAUUUAUUAAAAUACUUCAGAUUUUUAGUCAUACACAUAGCAAUUCAAAAAUAUUAUUUAAAACUUCGCUUACUCUAAGAAUGAAGUAAUAUCACCCUAGAUUUAUAAUUUAUCUUCUUAAUAAACUUUUAAUCAGUCUAAUAUAGUUUAUUAGUUUAAUGAUGCAAAUUCUAGUAAGUUAUAUAAUAUGACAUGUCUUUAAUAAAAUGAUCUUUAAUGGAGCAAAAAAAAUUGUGGGAUCAGUAAGAAUAGUUAAAAUAGUUACAUGUGCUUAUGUGAAUCUUAAAAACCAACAACUAUCAUUGAAGAUAUUGAUGACAUGCUCUUAAAAAAUAAAAAUCUAUAGACAGCAUUUGGAGAAUAAGGGUUAUUAAAUAUAGCAAACUUUAAAAACUUUUAUAAGUAUGUAGUAUUUUGGCUAUUGACGAGUUUCACUUUGAUUCAAAUUAUUUUAUUUAUCAUUGGAAAAUACUUAGACAAAUACUCAGUAAAAAGACGAUACUCAAAAGUUCAUAAUCAAGAACUUAAUAAUUAAUAGUAAAAUGAAAUUUAAGAGUAAGACAUUUGUGAAAAUUCUUAAAUAAUAAAUAAUGGUGUGUUCCAGGAACCUCCUUUUAAUAAUUAGCUUUAAAGCAACAAUAAAAUCUAACCAGAAAUUUAGUAAAAUCAAUAGAUUUCAUCACCUUUUGAUGAAAAUAUACGUACUUAUAAUAAUGGAAGAAGAAAAAGAUAAAAAUUCUACAACUCAUAAAUAUUACAAACCUAAAGAACUUUAAAGCAAUGUUAAGAAUAAAUUAUUGAAAAGAAUGAAGAGAUGCCUGCUGAAUCUAAUUAAUUAUAAAUAAUUAAAUCAUAAUCAAGUACUAGAAGUAUUGAAAAAAUGAAAACUCAAACAAACUCACAAGCUUAAAUAAAAGAGGUUUAAGAUGAAGAAGAAAUCUAAAAAAUCAAUGCUUAUUUGUAACUUUCUAAAGUGAAAAAGAUAGCCAUCUUUCAUUAAUUCUUUAGUAUUUUUUGUAUUUAUGAUAAUAUCCUUUAACGACCAUUAAGAUUCACUUUGCUUUACUUAAAAGUAUUACACACUUUAGUUAUUUCAAUAUUAUUCUAAGGUUAUAAUAUGCUAGAUUAGCAGAUAGUAAUAUCCAUAAUUAACAGCUCAAUAAUGAAGACCGCCUUUUUUGGAAUUAUAUAUGCAUUCAAGAAGGGUUCAAUAGGUAAA